UAUCGGAUAAUUAGAAAAUAACCACAGUUCUCAGAGUUUCGAAGCAAGUUUCAGAAAAGGGUGAUCAAUCUCUGCAAGUCUCUUUCUCGUGAGAAACCCCCCUGUAUUUCGUGCUGAUUUUAGGGAUUCAAGUUUUGGGUUCUUCUGGUUUAGGGAUUCCAGUGUUGGGCUUUUCUGAUUUUGGGUUCUCCUGAUUAUGGGGAUUCGAGUUCUGGGUUCUUCUGAUUCUAUAGAUUCAAGGUUCAAGUUCUGGGUUCUUCUGAUUUUAGGGUUUUAACAUAGAUCGUGCCCACUUCGAAUCCUUUUAGAGAGUUUUGAUCCUUAUAUCCCUUUGAAGUAUAAUUAACGGCUUUUCAUCCCCGUGUUUGCAGGAUAAUUAGAACCACCCUUCAGAAUCUUACGAAAAUGGCGUCAAGAGUUGGCGGUGGUGUUGCUCAGGUUCGCAAUGUUGACUACAAAGAUUGGCUGAAUACAGAUGUCUCCAAGCCAUCCAAGAAAGGAGGAGGGUUAGGUGGGAGGACACCGCUGGGUGAUUUGUCAAACGCAUUGAAGAACUCUUCUUCUCUGAACAAAACAUCCAAGAAGCAGCAGCAGACUGGUUCAGGAAUUGCAGGAUUGAAUGGUAAAAAGAAGACUUCUGCUUUCGGUGGAGGAGCCAAUGCUGCAAGUGGUAAAACGAGUGUUAAAGCUUCUGGGAACAGGAAGGUCCUUUCUGAUAUCUCAAACUCGUCCAAUGUGCCAACGGGAAGUGAUAUCUCGCAGAAGAAGGCGGUGAAGAACAGCAAGAGACUGAGUGUUGUGCAGGAGGAAGACCCAAUGCAUCCAUGUGCAAUCGCUGAGGAAGGGUUUCUGCACAAUCACGAUGAAUGCAUCAAGGCUCAGAAUAGACAGAUGGAUUUGGAUGAGUUCUUGAAGAUCCUUGGUUUAGACAAAGAUUGUUCUGAGCACUUCGAGAACCGGCGAGCUCAAGUAGAGCCUGACAGUCCUAAGCUGCACUACGAGCUCAUGGAAGAAGAGGAAAGUUGGAACUUUGAGUUUCCCACAAUGCGCAAUCUUCACUCUUCCCCCUGUUCAAGUCCACCAUCGCCCAAAUCCGAUUCAAGCUGGUUGGAUUGUGACCAUGACUUCGUCAACUUCCAGCUGACAGCUUCUCCUUAACUGCUGCUUGAUCAAACUCAAGCAUAUUGGGAUCUAAUCUUCCUGAAGCAUUAGAUGUGAAUUGUGUUGUUGAAAACUACUGAAUGAUGCCAAUUCUGUUUGGCAUCUCUCUAGGUUCUCAUUGAUCAGUGUCUUUCGACUUUUGUUAAUUGAUCAAAUCGUGCUUAGCUGCUGAACUGAAGCUAGUAAUGUAGACCUCUUUCUUCGUUCUUCCAGUGUGAAUGUGAUUGACUAUAAUGUUGUCUGUUGUG